CUAUUUUGAUUUUUCUCCGUAUGUAAUAUUUACAUACAUUUACACAUAUAUAUAAGCGUAAACUCUCCCUCUUUUAGAGAGAGAAAAUCGGACAAAGAGAGAGAAAUCAGCUCAGAGAAAAAUCCGCGAGUUAAAGAGACAAACACUCAGCGAGAGACGAGAUGGAAUCUUUCGACGCGUAUGGCAUGGACGGCGACGCGCCGGCGCGUUCGUUCGACGACGGCGGGUACACCAGCUACGACGAUUCCUACGCCGCCUUCUCCUCCGCCGAGACGCCGCCGUUUUCGGCUCCAGCUUACACUCCGGAGUACGGCGAAGCCGAGGAGGUGCCAGCGGGCCACGCGAACAGCUCCGAUCCGUUCGGAUUCGGCUCGGACCCUCCCCAGCCGUUCGGAUUGGCUGGUUCUGUCCCGAUCUCGAACGGCAAUGGAGGCUCGCCUUAUAACCUAGGGGAAGAUUCGGAAGGAAUUUUCAGAUCCGACGGCCCGAUUCUUCCUCCUCCGAGUGAAAUGAACGAGGAAGGAUUAGCUCUUCGUGAAUGGCGGAGGUUGAACGCCAUUCGUCUAGAGGAGAAGGAGAAGAAGGAAAAGGAAAUGCGAAACCAGAUCAUAGAAGAAGGCGAGGAGUACAAAAAAGCUUUCUACGAGAAAAGAAAGCUCAAUAUAGAGACCAACAAGACCACCAAUCGGGAGAGAGAAAAGCUAUUCCUUGCCAGCCAAGAAAAAUUCCACAAGGAGGUCGACAAGCAGUAUUGGAAGGCUAUAGCCGAGCUCAUCCCAAAUGAGGUGCCCAACAUCGAGAAAAGAGGGAAAAAGAAGGACCAGGACAAAAAGCCAUCGAUCACAGUCAUCCAAGGUCCCAAGCCCGGUAAACCAACCGAUCUUUCGAGGAUGCGUGGAAUAUUGGUGAAGCUCAAGCACAAGCCGCCGCCUCACAUGGUGCCACCGCCAUCUGUUCCCGCCAAAGAUGAAAAAGACGGGAAAAACACGAAAAAUGGUAAGGAGAAUGCGGCCGAUGCUGGAAAAGAAGCAGCAGCUCAACCUGUCAAAGGCUCUUCUAACGGGGUUGCUACACAAACGGCUGAUGAGAAGCAAGAUAGCUAAAUGGAUUUUUUUGAUUGGGUGCUAGUAUUAUAUUACGAGAAUUUCUGUUUUGUACUUUGUAUUUUUAUUUUUUUUUCCUGUCUGGUAUUUUUAUCAUGAAGAUUUCUCGUUCAUAUGCAUGCAUGUUUGGUUAAUAAUUUGCUGGUACGAGGAAUUAGGCUGAUCUGUUCGUUUCUGUUCUGGGUUUUAAGACAAUGGAGUUUUAUAUUAUUUGUGCUGUGAUGAUUUGUUAAAUGUUCUAUUUGUGAUUAUUAUUUGUUUUUGUUAUUGUUUUUUGAAUGGCCGACAUCUUCACAACAAUUCG